UUUUGCUGAGCAAACUUGGUUUAAGUGCGAGAAUGCCCCCCGCUCGGUUUAACGGCCGUAAAUAAAAGGAUGAGCGAUUCGGCAUUAAGCUCGGCAUUUUACCUGUAACCAUAAACAGGGUUCGGAUUUGUAAACAAAUUUCUUGAACCCGCGGACAUAUCAUUUGCUCUGCCUUUCCGCUGAGUAAAGAAUCAUGAUUGCAUGUCAGCAAAAUAUGAAAUUCUGGUGGCAUAGAUUUGAUAUAAGGGGAAAGAUGAUGAAAUUAUUUUUCCCUUUACCAUCAUCAACUAAAAUACCUUUCCUCCGUACACUAUGUCCCCUUUAGCUGGGACACGAAAAGAUGUUGAUGGCGAUGGAUCAUCUUACUCUUCUUCAGGAUCAUCAAGAUCACCUGUAGAAAAUGAAAAGCAGAUACAAAAGCCACAAAGAUCACUCAAUUCAACAGAGGAUGAAGAUGUAGAAGCACAAAGACAAUCUACACGAAGAAGGGAUUUCAUUCAUGUUAAACAAAGAGAAAAAUUUUAUCAAAUUUGGCGUCCAAAGAAUCUUCCUCCACCGCCACCCGCUUCUUUGGAGGAUGCUAAAAUGAUCCCAUUGGAAAAUGCAGGACCAAUUUCAGUUUUAACAUAUCAAUGGGCACAGCCUAUUAUGAUCUUGGGCUUUCAACGUGCGCUUGAAGCAACAGAUUUAUACAAAUUAGGACCAUCACAAGGCAGUGAAGUGAUGAGCAAAGAAUUUUUACGGUUAUGGGAUGCAAGUGUAAAAAAAGCGGAUGAAUAUAAUGUCAAAUUACAAAAUGGAGAAAUACCGGUAGGUUGGAGAAGAAACCUUAACUGGAAACUGGCAAAUGCAUACUUUACCCUAACAGGACGAUCCAAACGAGCACUCAAUUUGGAAGAACGUGAGAAACAAUGGCGCUCUCCUCCUCCAAAAUCACAAUCUCCAAACGAUUCAGUCGUAAAUCGAAGUGGAUAUCAAGUUGCACAAGUAUGGAGAAGUUUAAUGUGGAUGUUCAGAAGGGACCUAAUGAUUGCUAUUGUGGUAAAAGUGUUUGGUGAUAUAGCACAAAUGACUUCGCCUCUUUUGAUUCGAGUUAUUAUCGAAUUUGGUACACAAAAGUUUGAACAUGUCAAAAAUCCAGCCGCUCAUGAUCCGAGUAAUGGUGUAGGAGUUGGAUAUGCAAUUGCUUUAUUCGUUAUGCAAGUUUUGGCAAGUCUGUUUCAACAUCAAUUCUUCUUCCGUUCAAUGAGCGUUGGUGUUCAUGCACGUUCAACUUUGAUUUCUUCACUGUUCACAAGAAGUAUGCAAUUAGGCGGUAAAGACCGAAGUCCAGGAAAGCUACUCAAUCACGCUUCUACCGAUUGUAGUCGAAUCGAUUUCGCAUCACAAUGGGGUGCUUUGGCUAUCACAAGUCCUUUCGCUUUAGGUUUAUGUGUAGCAAGUGCUUUAGUUGGUUUUGCAUUAUUGGUUUUAUUUAUGCCAUUACAAGCAUCAAUGAUGUAUACCGAUAAACGAAGUAAAUUGAUCAACGAAUUACUUACUUCAAUUCGUGUUGUAAAAUCGUUUGCACAAGAAAACAAAUUUUUGGAAAGGUUGUCAGCAAUUCGAAGGAAAGAAAUGAUCGGAAUCAGAAGAUUAUUGAUCUUCAGAGCGGUCAAUAAUGCUGUCGCUUUCUCUCUACCUUCUCUAGCAGCCGUUGUUGCAUUCGUGCUUUACAAUCAUCUUGAAGGCGGGUUCACUAUUGAGACUAUCAAAGGAAUUUUCACUGCUUUGACUUUAUUCCAGCUUUUGCGCUUGCCAUUGAUGUUUUUGCCACUCUCUUUGAGUGCUUUGACUGAUGGUUACAACGCAAGCUUACGUUUGAAUACAGUCUUUAUGGCAGAUGCGUUGGAAGAUCAUUCAGAGCAUGAUGAUACGAUCAAAUACGCCCUCAAAGUGGAAGAUGCAUCUUUCCAAUACGAUGAAGUCAAAAAAGAAGAUGAUAUGCCUAAAUCCAAGAAAAAGAUGGCUGCUGAAGCGAAAGUAGCAAAACAAGCUGCCACUGCUGCUGCCAAUGCAAACAAGAAUGAUGUAAACAAAAAUCAAUCGGCCAGAGAUCGUAUGCGAAAUGCCUUAAGCCUUGUUUCAAGACCACAAUCAGGCAUCAAUACACCUCAAAGUGGCGCUGCAACACCCAAAGAUCAUCCAGAUGCAGUCGAUCAAAUCAAAGCAGAGCAUGCAACAGAAAAAGUUUCAGGUGCACCAAUGGAUAGUCUUGGAACUGCACAAACAGGUGCACCUUUGAACGAAGCGACAGAGGCUGCAAUUGAUGAAUCUUCUUCUGGAAUCGUCAAAGCUGCUACCGAAAAGCAUGAAGAACCCUUUACGUUGGAUCGUGUUAACCUUACCGUGCAACGCGGAGAGUUAUUGGCCAUUGUUGGACCUGUAGGAAGUGGAAAAUCUACUUUGUUUGAAUCAUUAUUAGGAGAAGUACGUUAUAAGAGUGGCAGGAUCAUUUGGGGUGGUACCGGUACGGUUGCUUAUUGUCCUCAAUCGCCAUGGAUCCAAGCUGCAACUGUACGUGAAAACAUCGUUUUUGGACGUCCAUUUGAUGAAGAACGGUAUUGGGCCAUUAUCAAACAAGCGGAAUUGGAAAGUGAUCUUGUCAUCCUUCCACAAGGUGAUCAAACAGAAAUUGGUGAACGUGGUACAACAUUAUCUGGAGGUCAAAAAGCUCGUGUUAAUCUUGCUCGUGCUUUGUAUUACGAUGCAGAUACUUACAUGUUUGAUGAUCCACUUUCGGCCGUCGAUCCACAUGUGGCAAAAGCAUUGUUCCAUAAUGCAAUCUUGGGUCUCAAAGCACAAGGAAAGACUGUCAUGCUUAUUACACACGCAAUUCACGUUUUACCUGAAACAGAUCGAAUCAUUACGAUGCUGGAUGGACAAAUUGUCGAAACGGGAACAUACUCUGAAUUGGAACAUUCAAAUGGUGCAUUUGCCAAAUUAGUAGAAGAAUUUGGUGGUGAACAGGAAGAGGAGGAAGAGGAAGAAGAAGGUAUCGAAAAUGGACAGGAAGGCAAAAAUGUCAAGAAACACUACUCCCGUGCAGAGAUGACUGAUCCUUCCGGUAAAAAGGAUCCUCUCAGUCAAGAAGAACGUAAUACAGGUGCAAUGGGUAGCAAAGUGUAUGCAGCUUACCUACGUGCCGGUAGAGGAAAUAUCUUGUUCCCAAUGCUACUCGUCUCCGUUGCUUUGAUGCAAGGUGCCACUGUGAUCAAUUCUUAUUGGCUAGUUUGGUGGGAAGGUCUGAAAUUUGGAGACAAGCAAGCAUUCUACAUGGGCAUCUAUGCCGCUUUGGGUAUUGCACAGGCAGUUGCUACUUUCUUGAUGGGCGCAGUCUCAGGUAUUUUUACCUAUUAUGCUGCACGUAACUUACAUCAAGAUGCGAUUCGACGUCUUUUAUUUGCACCUCUCAAUACUUUCUUCGACGUUCAACCAAAAGGAAGAAUUUUGAACAGAUUCACAAAGGAUAUGGACACUUUGGAUAACUUGCUUCCUGAUUCAGCUCGAAUGGCAGUUUCUACUUUGGGUACCGUUCUUGUCUUAACGCAUUAUUUCGUGAUCGCCGUUGCAGUCGUCGUCUUCUUUUAUGCGAUCGCUUCGAUCAUGUAUCGUCGUGGAGCACGUGAAGUAAAGAGAUUGGAUGCUCUUUUGCGUUCUGCUCUUUAUUCUCAUUUCAGUGAGACUUUAACAGGUCUAGCAACUUUACGUGCUUAUCAAGAAACGGAAAGGUUCCGUAGCGAUCAUCAUCGUCAUUUGGAUAUCGAAAAUCGUGCUUACUUUUUCUCGAUUUGUAAUCAACGAUUUUUGGGUGUUCGUAUGGACGCAAUUGGUGCUUUGUUGGUGUUUGUAACUGCACUUUUGGCAACCGUUGGUGCAAAUGCUUUGAACCCGGCCGAAAUUGGUUUAGCAUUAAGUUUCAUUUGGGCCACCCGUCAAGUUGCCGAAGUGGAAAACGAUAUGAACAGUGCAGAACAACAAGAAGCACCACAAGAAAUACCAGAAGCAAACUUAGAUCCUGCUUGGCCAAAGAGUGGUGCUAUUGAAUUCAAAGAUGCUACUUUACGUUACCAUAUCAAUUUAUCGCUCAAAGGAGGUGAAAAGACUGCCAUCGUUGGUAGAACAGGAGCAGGAAAGUCAAGUUUGUUGACAUGUUUGUUACGAUUGAUUGAAUUGGAACGUGGAAACAUUUCCAAGAUUGGUUUAGCAGAUUUGCUCUUAUUCUCUGGAACGAUUCGAUCCAAUCUGGAUCCUUUCAACGUUUACGAUGAAGCAAGAUUGAAUGACGCAUUGAAGAGAAGUUAUUUGAUCGCAUCAGAAGAUGAUCAAAACCCAGGAAAUAUCACAAGUCAACUUUCAAGUAGCGUUCAUCUUGAUACUCCUUUAGAUGAAGAAGGUGGAAAUCUUUCUUUAGGUCAAAGAUCUCUCGUUUCGUUGGCAAGAGCUUUGGUGAAGGAUAGUCAAAUCAUUUUAUUGGAUGAAGCAACGGCAAGUGUUGAUGUUCAAACUGAUGCCUUGAUUCAAGCAACAAUUCGAAGAGAAUUUGCACACAAGACAUUGCUCACAAUUGCCCAUAGGUUAAGAACUAUUAUCGGUUAUGAUAAAGUGGCCGUAUUCGAAAAAGGUGAAGUGGCAGAAUUCGGAACUCCAUUGGAAUUGUUUGAUGCUGGUCAUAUAUUUUACACAAUGUGUGAAAAAGCAAACAUUUCAAGAGAAGAUGUGAAACUGCAUUGA